GGACUUUAUGUUCGUAUUCUUCAUUUGAGGUGUGUGCUCAGUGAUAUUUGACAUUUUAAAAAGUUAACUAGUAAGCAUAGAUACACCUUAGAGUCAAUAGUUUUAAAAAGAUUGUAAUAUUUACUUAUUAAUUAAAUUAAUCGAACUUCAGAUAAUUCAUUGUGUUACAAUUAUUUGAUCAGUUUUAUAUACAAACUGUUUGUAGAAUUAAUGUGUUACAAGCUGUUUAAUUUUGAUUGCUAAUACACUUAUCAUUUUGGCAUUAGAGUUGUCAAGACUUCGAAUUAAGAAAUGAAUUCAAUACUUCGAUUUAUUCCUAGAAAUAUACCACGUCUUGUCUCUAGAGCAUAUGCUACUACUAUUCAAGAAGCAGCUGAACCAACCCCUACACCAUGCGCUUCAUUUUACUGUCAUAAAACAACUGCCUUAAGAAGAAUGCUAACAUCCGAUAAGUUAGAGUUCUUAAUGGAAGCUCACAAUGGUUUAAGUGCCAAAAUUGUUGAAGAAGCUGGGUUUUGUGGAAUUUGGGCAUCUGGCUUGUCUAUGUCAGCACAGCUUGGAGUAAGAGAUCACAACGAAGCAUCGUGGACACAAGUAUUGGAAAUUUUGGAAUUUAUGAGCGAUGCAUCAGACAGACCAAUUUUGGUUGAUGCUGAUACUGGGUACGGUAAUUUCAACAAUGCAAGACGAUUAGUUAGAAAAUUGGAAGAUCGUGGAAUUGCUGGAGUUUGUAUGGAAGAUAAGACGUUUCCAAAGACAAAUUCUUUACUAGAGGGCGUAAAGCAACCGUUGGCGGAUCCUGAAGAAUUCGCUCUUAAAAUUAAAGCUUGUAAAGAAGCUCAGCGCGAUCCAGACUUUAGUGUCGUUGCUAGAGUAGAAGCUUUCAUUGCAGGCUAUGGAUUAGAAGAAGCACUGAAAAGAGCAGAUCAAUAUCAUAAGGCUGGUGCUGAUGCUAUUCUUAUGCAUUCUAAGAGAUCAGAUCAUAGUGAAAUAGAAGCUUUCGUCACUAAUUGGUCGAAUCAGAGUCCUGUUGUUAUUGUACCAACGAAAUACUACAAAACGCCUACAGAACAAUUUAGGAAAUGGGGAAUUUCAACAGUUAUUUGGGCUAAUCAUAACCUUAGAUCAUGUAUUACAGCUAUGCAAAAUGUUUGUAAAACAAUUAAGGAGGAAGAAAGUUUGGUCAACGUAGAGAGCAAAGUUGCUCCAGUUAAAGAAGUUUUUCGUUUACAAAAUGAAGAUCAAUUGUUGAAAGAUGAAGAAAAGUUUUUACCAAACUAA